UUCAAGUGUUUAAAAGAUCGAAUUUGUCAUCCUCAAAAGAAAGCUUCUACAUUACAUUGUCAACCAAGAAUGGCAACUCUGACCGUGAGACAGGUCAUUGGUCUUGGCCGGAAAGACUUGCCAAGAUGUAUUGGCUACUAUACAGUGCAGAAAAGAGAUAGAAGUGAUGUUACUAUACAAAACUACAAGAGAGGAACUGGUGGCCGAUCGUCUUUCAGUGGAGAAGUAGUUACGGUUUUUGGAUCAACUGGAUUCUUAGGAAGAUUUAUAGUGAAUAGAUUAGGAAAGACAGGAAGUCAGAUUAUAUUACCAUGGCGAGGAGAUGAUGCUAGAUGUUGGGGUAUGAAGCCUUCCGCAGAUUUAGGACAAUUAAUUAUGCAUGAAAUUGAUGUGCGAAAUGAUGAUGACAUUAGAAAAGUUUUGAAAUACUCUACUGCAGUAGUCAACCUCAUUGGAAGAGAAUUUGAAACAAGAAAUUUUAAUUACGAUGAUGUACAUAAUGUCACUGCUAGGAAAAUCGCAAAAUAUUCAAAAGAAGCUGGAGUUAAAAAAUUGCUACAUUUUUCCUCAUUAAAUGCAAGUCCUAACCCACCAGAAUGUUUGAAAAAGGGUGGCUCAGAUUUCCUCAAAAGUAAGUAUGCAGGAGAAGUAGCUGUACGAGAAGAGUUCCCAGAGGCCAUCAUAUUCAGACCAGCAGACGUAUUUGGUGAUGAAGAUAGAUUUAUAAGAUACUACAUUAGUAGAUUGAGAAGAUAUGUAAAUUUUAAGACUCCAUUAUGGCAGAAGGGACAAAAGACAAUUAAAAAACCAGUCUAUGUAACUGAUGUUACUGAUGGUGUUAUUAGUGCAUUGAAUGAUCCUGAUGCAGCUGGAAAGACCUUUGAACUUGUGGGGCCUGGCAGUUACUAUUUAUGUGAUAUUCUAGAUUUCAUCUAUAAAUGUGCCAGAUAUCCAACAGGAAAUAUAUGUGGAAUUGGGCCCUACUUUAAAGCAAGAGCCCAUUUCUUUGACAAAGUUCAGUUUUUAUCUCAUGGAUAUCCAAGAUUUGUAUUGGACAGACUUGAGAAGGAGCAUGUUUCAGAUACAUUGACUGGAUGCCCAACAUUAGAAGAUCUUAAUGUCAAACUACACUCAUUUGAGAAAGUGUGCCCAUUUAUUACAGCACCAUAUGUCCGUGAAAACUAUUACGCUCCAUCACUUGGUGAAUUUAAGAUUCCAGAGUCCAUAAAAUCUACAGUAAGACCAGCUGGAGCCUCAUACUAAGUGGACUGUGGUUUAGUUAAACAAUUUAGAUUCAAAUUGAUAAAAGGAAUGCUAAGAAACAGAUUUAUAAAGUUUUAAUUUAUGUAUGUCUUUGAUGGCUUAAUUAAACUUUAGUUGUU